AUGCCUGCCGUCUCAGUAAAGAUCAUGAAGCGCUCUUUGCCUUCUCGACAUAACCCCAUGCUCGAGGGUUCUAAUAUCCCUCCAUACAACGAACUCGUCGAGAUGCGUCGCCUCGGCCAAACAAAUUUGGGAACCAAAUCUCCCAACGACGCGAACCUUUUUAGCUAUGUGCACCUACGCGCGCCGCUCCCGCAACCCCUGGAUGGCUCCGAGAUCUUCGGAAACUCCGCACCAGAAUCCUAUUUUUUGAUGCGAAGGAGCCAAGAUGGAUUUGUGAGCUCUACUGGAAUGUUCAAGGCCUCAUUCCCUUGGGCAAAGAAAAAGGAGGAGGACCUUGAGAGACAGUACGUAAGGGAACACUUUGCGCAGACCUCGAACGAGGAAACUGCUGGAAACCUUUGGGUCCACCCUACUGACGCUUUGACACUGGCCGACGACUAUGGUAUGCGAGUAUGGAUCGAAGCUUUGCUUGACAAUGAAGCAGUUGUGCCCUCUGAUCACCGUAAGCGCAACAUUACUCCUCCACCACCAUAUUUCAAACCCGCCGAAUCCGAUGCUGGAUCAGUUGCUUCCAGCACUGCGCCAGCUACCCGCAGACGAUCGACCCGGUCUGCUUCUCCUAGCAAACGUCUAGGCACCAGCACACCACGGAAGACAAGAUCUUCCAAGGCGGCCGCUGCCAAGGACAGUCCUCUAAAGAAGUCAGUUGCACCGAUCACUGAAACCGACGAGGAAUCAGUCACUCUCACAACUACCGAGACCACAACUGUCACAACCACUGAGACCGUUCCCGCCCUCACAAACGGCACCAAGACCAACAGUGCCUUGACAACUCCUGCGAAGAGUGACCUGAAAAACGAGCCAAAAAGUGAAACGAAAAGUGAGGCGAAGAUCGAGGCGAAGAUCGAGGCGAAAAGCGAGGCUAAAAGCGAACCGAAAAUUCGCGUUGAGGUCGACGAAGAGGUUGAGACGAAAGGCGAUGUCGAAGUUCACACAACCCACGUUAAACUCGAGUUGCCAGCAACCGAAGACGGCGAAAUUUCAUUGCCUGAUAAUUCUAACGACGUGAAAGACGUGAAAAACAUGAUUGCCAAAGCACAGGAAAUGGUUGACGAGGCACGCAAACUUGAUACCCCUGCUGCUCCAAAGACUCCAGGGACUAAGCGUAAAGCCGAGGAGAUCGCUACCGUUGGGGAUAAAGAUGAGGAUGAUGUUGAGGACGAUGAUGACCUGAAGCAUAGUUCCAAGAAGUCCAGGUUGGCCAUAGAGGAGGAAUUGAAGAGGGAAAAGGUCAAGAUCAAGGCUCUGAUUGGAUUAACAGCCGUACUAGCGAUUGGUGCCCUCUUUCCUUAUGUCCUAUAA